AUGUCAAUGUUUCAUAUCAGAUCUGGUCUUAAUCAAAUUCUUCAACUGAUCAAUAAUCAAAGGACAAAAACACAUACUGAUAUUACAAUUGUUCCACCACCAUUAUUUUCAUGUAAUCAAACAUCAUCAACACCACGUCGACCAUUAGAUGAAAGUAACUCUUGUUCUGAAUUUCAAGUACAAAGUCGAACAAAAAAAUCUCUUCCUCAUGAACCGACACCAACAAAUUUUAAUUCUAAUAAUAAAACAAUAACAAACAACAACAUCACCGCCAUUAGCAACUGUCAUGAUGAUGAUCCAGUUCAACAACAAAAAUUACCAUCUGCUAUGAAAGUGGCUUCAUGGAUUCAUCAUUUGAUACAACAACAAUCAGCUCAAUCACUUGGUGAUUUUUCUCUUUUGGUCCCGGCGGGUAAAAAUCGUUAUAAAGUUGGUGUUACAACAAAAAAAGACUUUUUGUUGCUUUGGAAUUGUUUACCUGAUUCCUGUGCAGUAGUUUUACGUUAUGUACCAACGGAUUUAUCAAAGGAAUUUGUUACUCAGGAAAUAUCAAAAUCAAUUAAAUCAGCUAUUCAAUUUUCAAAAAUUAAUUAUCACCGUUCUAGACCUACAGAUGAUUUUAGAUGGGGUGUGCGUGUGGGUGUAUAA